CGCUAUAUUUUUUCUCUUAGAACAAGUGAUCCAUAUGAUUUUUGUUGAAUUUCACUUCAAUCUCUCUGGUUUCGCACACUUUUUUUACAUAUUUUAAACCAUAGUGUUAAAAGCAAAUUGCAAACUCUUUUCGCAAUGUGAAUCAGGGUAUAACUUUUCUUCUUAUGGAGUUACAAUCAAAGUGGAUAGCAGGGGUUUUAUCUGGUAAGUUGCUUUUGCCAUCUGAAGAGGAGAUGCUAGCUGAUGUUCAACAACAUUACCUCCAAAUGGAGGAAUCUCAAAUUCCCAAGCAUCAUACCCGUCUUCUUAAUCCAUUUGAGUUUGGGUACAUGUACUGGCUAGCGGCUCAAGUAGGAUUGCCACCACCAGAUCAACGGCUGACACAGAUUUUUAGUCAAAUUGUUAUGUGCUUCAUUUUGGGAAAGGAAAGUUUUAGGGAUGAACUGGAUGUUGAAAGCUUGACACGUGUUGCGGCAUGAUUGCUGCGUCAUUAUUGCAAUUUAUGUAUUUUCUAGAAAAUUUUAGGGUUAAUGACAUUAAGAACCAUAAUUAUUAGUAAAUAUCAAUUAAUUCCCUUUCAUCUAUGAAUCUGAACAUAUUAAUUCCCGUAGUUUGAAAAAUUGUAUAAAUACAUAUUUUUUUGAGAUGGUCUGAAUGCAAGGAAUAAAAGCAAUACA